AUGAAAACGUGGAAUUCUGAUGAGGAAAAGCCGGGAGAACGGGAGGGAGACCCGAGGCGUGGCACGGAUCCACCCGGGACAGGGAGCGAGCGCCGGGAAGGACCGAAGCGGGCGAGGUCCGGAUCCAGCCGGGAUUCGCUGCAAGAUCUGAAAAAUGAGCUGGAGAAGAGGCAGGCGAAAAAAAUCCCAGAGAUUUCGCACCAGGAAACCCCAGCGCAGGGCGAGGAAGAGAAGAACCAGCAGCUGGAUGUGAAGAGCUCCAUCAGCAGGUGUGGGAAAGUGACUUUCCAGCUGCCCCUGGAUGCGGCUCCGGGGCUGGAAGAGCGAGUUUGUCACUUGUCCUGGAGGAGCAGCGCCCUGAAGGAAACCCUGAGGAAGCUCCAAGCCAGCGUGACCCUGGACCCCGACACCGCCCACCCCGAGCUGGUUCUCUCCGAGGACGGGAAGAGCGUUUGGCGCGGAUCCUCUGCCCGCCAGCUCCCCGACUGCCCCGAGCGCUUCGAGCACUGGCCCUUCGUGCUGGGCCACCAAGGCUUCGUGUCCGGGCGCCACUGCUGGCACGUGGACGUGGGCGACGGCGGCGACUGGGCCGUGGGGGUGGCCUGGGACUCGGUGCCCAGGAAGGGGCGGCUCAGCCUGGGCCCCCAGGGCGGCAUCUGGGGGCUGGAGAAGUGGGGAGGGCAGCUGCGGGCGCUGACCGCGCGCAAGGCGACCCCGGUGGCGCCGCGGUGGCUGCCCCGCCGCGUCAGCGUGCACCUGGACUGCCGCGGCGGCUCCGUGGCCUUCCUGGACGCCGAGGACGGGGUGCUCUUCGCCUUCUCCCGCGCGGCCUUCGGCGGGGACAGGCUCCGGCCCUGGCUCUGGGUGGUGGGCGCCAGGUCGCAGCUGCGGCUGUGGCCCUGA